AUGGAGAAGCUCCAGCGCGAGAUGCACGAAAAGGACGAGGCGCUGCGCGCGAUGUACGAGGACGCCAUUCAGGACCGCGAUAUCCGCCUCGCGCAGCUCGCGGAGGCGCUGCUGCGGGCCGAGCACCGGGCGUUGCUGCGGGAGAACGCCGCCCCGGCCCGCGCGGACGGGCAAAUGGCCCGGCCGCCUCCGCUUUCCGCCCUUUCUGGGGCUUCGGAAAUCGCGUUGGGGCCGCCGGAGGCCGCCUCGGAUCGCGCGGCCGUCGAGGCGCGAUGCCGGGAGUUGGAACGGCAAUCCGCCGCCGUCGGGCUGGAGAACCGGCGACUCGCGAUGGCGCUGUCCGCGGCCGACGCCGCGCGGUCCCGACAGCACCGCGAGCUCCACGACGCCCUGCGCCUCAUUGAAUCCCUCAAAACCGGACUCGACCGCGUCAAGGCCGAGCUCCCGGUUCUGCUUCAACGGGAUCCGGGGCUCCUGAGCGGAUGA